AUGUGGCUCAUCAACACUUCCACCCUGGCGCUCGAACGAGCAAACCCCGACAAUUUACCCUCAACGCCAUACGCCAUCCUAUCGCAUACAUGGGGAAAACAAGAAGUCACAUUUGAAGACAUGAUGAAUCAAAGCCAAGUGAAAGGCAUGCUGGGGUAUUCAAAAAUCGAAAAAACAUGUCGACUGGCCAAAAAGCGAGGUUUAGCCUACGCAUGGGUUGAUACCUGUUGCAUCGACAAGCGCAGCAGCGCCGAGCUUGCCGAGGCUAUAAACUCCAUGUUCAGAUGGUAUAAACAAGCGACUGUUUGUUUUGCAUAUCUUGAAGAUUUACCACCAGCUGUUCAUGGGAGACAAGCUUACUUGGACAAUUUGGAACCUUGCAGAUGGUUCACUCGAGGUUGGACUCUGCAAGAGCUGAUUGGCCCUAAGAACCUUGAGUUCUAUGACAGUGUAUGGGAGUGUAGGGGUAAGAAACAAGGCAUGACUAGUCUGAUAUCCGACAUAACUGGCAUACAUCGUGAAGUGCUGGAAGACAACUCUAUUCUGGAAAGCAUACCUAUUGCGAGCCGCAUGUCGUGGGCCGCCAAGCGAAAGGCAACAAGGAUUGAGGAUACGGCUUAUUGCCUCCUAGGUAUCUUCGACGUCAAUAUGCCUAUGUUGUAUGGUGAGGGCACAAAGGCAUUUGAAAGACUGCAAGAGGAAAUCAUCAAGCAAACAACAGAUAUGUCCAUCUUCGCCUGGAAAGCAACAGAUGAAACCCAAGACUAUCGUGGUAUUCUAGCGCAGUCGCCUGAUGAGUUUGUACACUGCCGUCACCUUUCACAAGCGCCUACCAUGAGAAAAGGGUUUGAGACAACCAUGACGAACAAGGGUUUGAGGCUCGAGACGUUUCUAGGCGACGGUCAUGUCCUCGACCUGGCCUGCACUUUUUCAGAUCGUUCCGAGAAAGACAUAAUGAUCGGCAUCUUUUUGACUAAAACCGCCGAUGGCUAUGUCCGUUCCUCCCCAACAAAGCUUUUCGAGACAACAGACCCUCGUCUGUGGGCUGGUGCUCGCUAUAAGAUCUUUGUCCGCAAACGCGUCACACCCUUUGUGUCAGAAGAACUGGAAAAGGACCUGGCAAAGAACCUAGCUAUUUACUUCGAUAUUUGCCCGGGCUUCAAGGUACAUUCCUUUGCUGCGAAGCCGACAGAUUUCUGGGAUCAGCAUCAUCACGCAUUUAUUGGCAACAACGAUCAAAAGUUUACUGGUUUUUUGGAUUUUCAGAUAUCAGACACAACGGGCUCAUUUCUGUCCAGCCGUAUCAUCGUGGUGUGCAGCCUUUAUCUUCGGCAUACAUAUGGUGCUGCAAACUGCGAUCGUAUGUGGAGGGCGAUAUAUGAUUCAAAGGAUAUGUCAACUUCGAACGCGAUUAUGGAAUGCAUAGAUGGGUAUUAUCAAUAA